GCACAAUACCUGGUAAAAUGCCGGCAGGUGUUUCUUGGGGACAAUAUAUGAAAUUCCUCUCGGCGGCGAUGCUUUCAAUGAUGGCUGGCUCGCAAUUAGUUCACAUGUAUUACAAACCGUUAGACGAUUUAAAUACUUAUAUAGAACGUGAAAUGGGGUCUACAAACACCACAAAUUUAAAUGAUAAACAGCUUAUUGAAAAGAAAUCAAAUCUAGUUUCAGAGGCCGGUACAAAAACAUAGUUUGUUGAAAAAUUUUAACCCAUUUUAUUUAUUUUAAACAUAAAUAUGUAUCAAAAUUAUUAACUAAAUUUCUUAC